AGCGCACACCUAUCAAUCUCGUGCUGUGUGUGUGACGAAGCGGCCAUCGGCCAGUGUGUGUGCGUGAGGCGGAGGAGAUGGCGCGGCGCUUCGUGCUCAACACCGGCGCCGAGAUCCCCUCGGUGGGGCUCGGCACCUGGCAGUCCAAGCCUGACGUUGUCGGCGACUCCGUCUACGCCGCUGUCAAGGCAGGAUACAGACACAUCGAUUGUGCCAGGGCUUACCGCAACGAGGAGGAGAUUGGUUUGGCGCUGCAAAAGCUGUUUGAAGAGGGUAUAGUGAAGCGUGAAGAUUUGUUUAUCACCUCUAAGUUAUGGCAUGAUCAUCAUGCUCCAGAAGAUGUGCGGGAGUCUCUAGACAAAAGCCUGAACGACUUGCAGCUUGAGUACUUGGAUCUUUAUCUUAUCCAUUGGCCAUUUAGAAUCAAGAAGGGGACCGGCUUGGGUAACCCUGAAAACUUUGUCCCACCUGACAUCCCUGCUACUUGGGGAGCAAUGGAAAAGUUAUAUGAUACCGGCAAAGCUCGCGCAAUUGGUGUGAGUAACUUCUCAACGAAGAAAUUGGGUGACCUGCUUGCCGUAGCUCGUGUACCUCCAGCGGUUAAUCAGGUGGAAUGUCAUCCGGGUUGGCAGCAAACUAAGCUCCAUAGCUUUUGUCAGUCAGCUGGUAUUCAUCUCUCUGCGUACUCGCCACUAGGUUCACCUGGUACUGCUUGGAUGAACGGUGAUGUCCUCAAGGAACCGGUCGUCACCUCAAUAGCAGAUAAACUUGGGAAAACUCCUGCACAGGUGGCCCUGCGCUGGAACAUUCAGAUGGGUCACAGUGUACUACCAAAGAGCCUGAAUGAGCAAAGGAUAAAACAAAAUCUUGAUGUUUAUGAUUGGUCUAUUUCAGAUGAUUUGCUUACGAAGUUCUCUGAGAUUAAGCAGGUUAAGCUGGCCAGAGGCGACUUCACUGUUCAUCCACAGAGCGUUUACAAGACCCUUGAAGAGUUCUGGGAUGGGGAAAUUUAGGAAGGAUAUUGGAGUUUAUCCUGAGCAGGGAGCAACAUACAUUAGGGCCGGGCCUUCGUAUGUCUCUCCACAUUUGCGCCCAAGGAUUGAUGGUUAGUGCUCCUGACUUCCUGAGCCGGCCUGCUAUGACUUUGUAAGCGAUUUCGUCACUGGUUUGUGGUGUCACCUUGGAUGUUGGUUUUGUCUCGUGAUUUGUUA